AUGCACGCGACGAGGACCGCGCCCGCGCGCCUUCGCGCGCCGGCCAUCGCCGAGGGCUAUCGCCGCACGUCCCGCGCGCGCGUCAACCGCCUCACCCGCGCGUCCGCCGCGCCGUUCUACACCCCAGCCACCGACUACGUCGCGCAGAAAAAGAUGCUCGAGGUUGGGGUAAGGACGCCCCCGCUCGGUCUCGGUCUCGCGGCGUUGGGCCGCCCGGGGUACAUCAACAUCGGCCACGACGCCGACAUCAAGGGCAAAAGCAUGGACGAGAUGCGAGCGCACGCGCACGAGACCCUGGACGCCGCGUGGGCGAUGGGCGUCAGGUACUUCGACUGCGCCAGGUCGUACGGAGCCUCCGAGGAGUUCCUCUCGUCGUGGCUCCAGUCACGGAACAUCCCGCACGACAAGAUCGUGGUGGGCAGCAAGUGGGGGUACACCUACACCGCCGACUGGAGGGUCGACACCGACGGCGAGGCGCACGAGGUCAAGGAGCACACCGCGGAAAACCUCGCGCGGCAGUAUCCCACGUCCGCCGACCUGCUCGACCCGUACCUCCGCCUGUACCAGAUUCACUCCGCAACCGCGGAAUCAGGCGUGUUGCGAAAUAAAGACGUCGUCGCGAAGCUGAGCGAGCUCAAGGCGAGUAAAGGCGUGAAGAUCGGCCUCACGCUGUCCGGGGUGGAACAGGCGGAUGUGCUGCGAGAAGCCAUGACGGUGACGGCGCCGGACGGUGCCAAACUCUUCGACUGCGUCCAGGCCACGUGGAACGUCAUGGAACAAUCCGCGGGUGCCGCGUUACUCGAGGCCAAGGAGUCUGGGAUGGAGGUGAUCGUCAAGGAAGCGUUGGCGAACGGCCGUCUGAGCUCCCGUAAUCCGGACGAUAGCGUCCUUCCCGUGAUGGAGGCGCUGAGGGCGCUGGCAAGCGACUUUGGCUCCCCGCCCGGGCGGUUCGACUCGUUCGUGUACAAGGCUGACUCGGCGGCCAUCGCCAUCGCCAUGAUUCAGGGUUUCCAGCCGAUGGUGCUGAGCGGCGCGGCGACGCCGCACCAGGUUCGCAGCAACGCCGGCGCGCUCACCCUUCUCAAGUACCUCACGAACGCGGGCGACGCGGCGGAGGGCCGGGUUCGAGAGAUACUCGAGAUGGCGAGGCAGGACCCGGAGUCGUACUGGGCCGACCGAGCCGCGCUCGAGUGGAACUGA